GAGCACGCCCCGCCCCCGUCCCCCAACUCUCGGUCUCCUGGACUGGCGUGAGGCUCCCGUCUCUCGAACGCACGGCGGCAGCGGCGGCAGCGGGAAGAUGGCGGAGUCCGGCGGCGGCGGCAGUGGUGUUGGCUUCGGCGCGGGCCCCGGCCCGGAGCGCCCUAGCAGCAUGGCCGAUAAGAACGGAGCCCUCAAGUGCACCUUCUCAGCGCCUGGCCAUAGCACCAGCCUCCUACAGGGCCUGGCCACACUUCGCUCACAGGGCCAGCUCCUGGACGUCGUGCUCACAGUCAACAGAGAGACCUUCCAUGCGCACAAGGUGGUCCUGGCUGCCUGCAGUGACUACUUCAGGGCCAUGUUCACAGGUGGCAUGAGGGAGGCAAGUCAGGACAUCAUUGAGCUGAAGGGCUUGUCAGCACGCGGCCUACGGCACAUCAUUGACUUUGCCUACAGCGCCGAGGUGACACUGGACCUGGACUGUGUGCAGGACGUGCUAGGUGCAGCUGUGUUCCUGCAGAUGCUGCCAGUGGUGGAGCUGUGUGAGGAGUUCCUCAAGGCCGCCAUGAGCGUGGAGACCUGCCUGCACAUCGGCCAUAUGGCCACCACCUUCAGCCUGGCCUCACUCAAAGAGUCUGUGGAUGCCUUCACCUUCCAGCACUUCUUGCAGAUUGCUGCCGAGGAGGACUUCCUGCAGCUGCCACUGGAACGCCUUGUCUUCUUCCUGCAGAGUAACCGGCUACAGAGCUGUGCUGAGAUUGACUUGUUCCGUGCUGCUGUCCGCUGGCUGCAGCACGAUCCUGCCCGGCGGCCACGGGCCAGCCAUGUGCUCUGCCAUAUCCGUUUCCCACUCAUGCACUCGUCUGACCUGGUGGACAGUGUGCAGACACUGGACCUCAUGGUGGAGGACGUGCUGUGCCGUCAGUACCUGCUAGAGGCCUUUAACUACCAGGUGCUGCCCUUUCGGCAGCACGAGAUGCAGUCCCCGCGCACAGUUGUGCGCUCCGACGUACCCUCUCUGGUGGCUUUUGGUGGCACACCAUACACUGACAGUGACCAUGCUGUUAGCAGUAAAGUAUACCAGCUGCCUGAGCCAGGAGCCCGCCAUUUCUGUGAGCUUACAGAGAUGGAGGUGGGCUGCAGCCACACAUGCGUGGCUGUGCUGGACAACUUUGUGUACGUGGCUGGGGGUCAGCACCUACAGUACCGCAGUGGUGAAGGUGCAGUAGAUACCUGCUACCGCUAUGACCCGCACCUGAACCAGUGGCUGCGUCUGCAAGCCAUGCAGGAGAGCCGCAUCCAGUUCCAGCUGAAUGCACUGUGUGGCAUGGUCUAUGCCACAGGUGGCCGCAACCGAGCUGGCAGCCUGGCCUCAGUUGAAAGAUACUGCCCGAGGCGCAAUGAGUGGGGCUAUGCCUGCUCACUGAAGCGCCGCACCUGGGGCCAUGCAGGUGCCUCGGCUGGGGGCCGCCUCUACAUCUCAGGUGGCUAUGGCAUCUCAGUAGAGGACAAGAAGGCACUGCACUGCUAUGAUCCUGCAGCCGACCAGUGGGAGUUUAAGGCACCCAUGAGUGAGCCCCGAGUGUUGCACGCUAUGGUGGGGGCUGGUGGCCGCAUCUAUGCCCUGGGUGGCCGCAUGGACCAUGUGGACCGCUGCUUUGAUGUGCUGGCUGUGGAGUACUAUGUGCCUGAGACCGAUCAGUGGACCAGCGUGAGCCCCAUGAGGGCUGGCCAGUCAGAGGCUGGUUGCUGCCUGUUGGACAGGAAAAUCUAUGUUGUUGGGGGCUAUAAUUGGCGCCUCAACAACGUGACAGGCAUUGUGCAGGUGUAUAAUACCGAGACGGACGAGUGGGAACGUGACCUGCACUUCCCUGAGUCCUUUGCAGGCAUCGCUUGUGCCUCAGUCCUGCUGCCUCGUGCUGGGAGCAGGAGGUAGCUACUAGGACACCCCCUCCUGCCAUGACCUGGCUGCAUGCUGUUCUUGCCAGAGGCUUGGUGAGCACAUAUCCUAUGGAGAACCUCAUCACCCCGACCCCAAACCUUUGACCACCCACCCCUGGCUGGUUGUGUAGGCCCUCUGUGUUGAUAAGCCUCUUUCCUAGGGUCCUUCCUUCCUGAAGCAGAGCUUGGCUCUGCGCCUGCCCAGGGAGCCUGCCAGUGAGGAGGCUGACAUGUUAUGGCAGAAAACUUGAGCCUCAGGCAGUUUUCUCAUCUGCACAGGGUCCUCACUCAGGGGCGGGAAUCGGGAAUCGGGAGUGUUACUGUGCCCCGCUUCUCUCCCACUCCUCAGCCUGGCAGUCUCAGACAUUCAGAUGAGGGCUCAUUGGUGUCAUUCCAAAUUCAUGGUAUGCCACUUUCCUCCUCCCAAGUUUCUUGUGCUUGUGUGUUUUAAAAUAACUGCACUCCACAUCUCUGUCAUUUGGACCCCUUGGAGCAGGAGGGGCUUGGAAGCACCCAGAUCGAGGUGAUGACCAAGGGUAAUUCUGUCUCCAAAAUGAGCCCAAGCUGUUGAGUGGGAGGAAGGCCAUAGGGAGGGUUCGGCAAUUGCCCCUACUCCUGUCCUUGGUCUGAGACCCUCAAGGUGUUUGUUCAUUUGCUUUCAGAAGGAAAAACCACAGCCAGCUCCUGGAGAUGGUUUUUAUAGGUUCAGGCCUCCCACUGGGCAAUGUGGAGGGCCCUAAGGAGAAUUGGGCCAAUGUCCCUGUCCCACAGAUGAAAGAGGAUGCUGCUUUAGAAUCUCAGUACGUCUGCAUUCCACAGGUCUGUUCAAGGAUCUUUAUUUUGUCCACUCUCCAGCCUUGUACUCCCUUGGUCCUGUGUUCAGGUCAAAGUGCCACUUGGCUCAAGGCUACCAGUGCAGAAAGUUGGGCAGAUGGGAACCUUUCUUUUCAAGGGCUUCACAGCAUUUAUGGCUGCAUUUGUUUUGGUCUCUAAACCUUUUUUUCUGUUGUUCCAUUUGCUUUUUUUUUUUUUAAAGCAGCCAGCACUGCUGUCUUAUAAAUGGGGUUUGUACCCUUGGGGCAACUUAAAGUGUCUCUCUGCUGCUAACAGAUGAUUGAUGUCAUGUCUCUGUGACCCACUCGCUGUGUAAAGAAUUAACCUCAUACCUUAGCAGACGUUGUCUCCUAAUAUUUUCCUAGUAUUUAAUAAAAAUGUUAUGGUGAAAGAUGGAGCAGGCCCAGCACUGAGCUUGUGGAGCCUGAUAGGUCACAGAUUCCUCCUGUCCUCUGGGCAUUUGGGGACCCCUCUCCCAGUUCACCCUUUCCCAUCCUUGCAGAAGAGCUAGAAGGGGGGCCAGUCUUUAGCUUAGGGGUAUGAGUGAGGGCAGUGGGAAGUGGAGCCGGGACUACUAUUCGGCACUGGUAAGACAGAUGGCAAACCCAGUGGGCCCCAGCGACUCUCAAGGCUAUUCCAUGUGCCUGGUGGCCCAGCCCCCUGCGACCAGCCAACUCCCAGCCUUAGCAGGUUCUGCCUCCAUAUGCUCAGGUUCUGUCUCCAUAUGCUCAGGCCUGGGGUGCAAGAUCAUGUGGCUAUGGAGCUCCUCUACCCAGAGACUGCAACGCAGAAAAGAAAGAGCAGGCCUAAACAAAGCAUGAAGUCACUGACCUUUGUGACUCAGUUGGUUGGAUGUUGUCCCAUCAAGUGAAAGGUUGCCGAUUUGAUUCCCAGUCAAGGCACAUGCCUGGCCUGUGAAUUCAGUCCCCAUUUGGGUUGAGGCCUGUAUGAGAAGCAACUGAUUGAUGUUUCUCUCCCUCUGUUUCUCCCUCCCUGCCCCCUCUCUAAAAAUAAAUAAAUAAAUAGAAAGCAUGAAGUUAUCACGUUUCCAUAGGGCCUAAGAGGUCUAUGAGCUACCCCUGGUCCCUGCUUUUGUGGCAGCCUCACUGUGCACAUUAGUGGACAAUGCCUGCUGUUCAUGUUAUAGCCUUCUGAGAGGGGAGGCUUCUAGGUCACCUUCAAAAGGUACCAUAGGCCUGGUGCUCCUGUCCAGCAGCCUGGGGUGAGGCUGAGUGAGGAGGCAGUGUUGAAAUAGGAAUUUGGUUGGGAAUGAGGAAGGAGCCCACGCUGCCAGGGGCAUUGAAAGGAAAGCCGUGGCCCUUGGGGUUUUACCAGAACAUCUCAGCCCCUUCCCACUGCCCUAACCUGAGCUCCCCCAAGAGACCCCUUUUUUUGCUGGAGGCACAGCCCCUUCAGGGGGGCAGUGAGGAGCCUUUGCCAGCUGCAAGUUCCCCCAGAUCAGCUCACACCUCAGAACAUCUUGUCCCCAAUGAGCUGGCAGGGGUGCCGGCACAGAGUGGAGGGGGCGCUGCUGUAUCUAACUGGUUGAUUGUGCGUAACCGUCUGGGCUGGUCCAUGGAAUGUUCUCAGGGGCCCCCUAUCCCUCCUUCUCCACCCACCCCCCUGGAAGAAAGGAAAAUUAUUUUUUUGUAUUGUAAACUUUAAACACGAAAAAGCUGUUUUUAAUUUAGUAGAAACUGGCUUGAAACUUUACUUUGUGAACGUUUGUGUCCUUCAGAGAAAGGCAGAACAUGUGUACACAUACACACAGAGGCUUGCACACACAUACACACAUGCUCACACUCAGGCAUACCUGCACACAUGUGUUUGCUCAUCCACAGUUGAAUAAAUAGCUUGCACACACAUCCCUGGCCCAGUCUGGCCAUUUCUGUGUGGUACCCUGAAGGGGUCUGCAGCUCAUCACCUUAUCACUUCCCUUCACCUUUCACCCAGGACAGCAUCCACUGUGCAUGGGGACCGAGCUUGAGGAAAGCCCGUCUCCUUCCAGAUGGCCUGCUUCCCCACCGAGGCCCUGGACUCGGCUGCCGGAGCCUCCCUCUGCACCUGGGCCGGGGCUGUGGGAAAACGCUGUCUCUGGGGACAGUGGGAUGCAGGCUCGUGAGAGGGAGGCCAAGUGUGACUUCUGGGGCCUCGCAGCAAGUAAGGGCCAAAGGGGCCUUGGGGGAGCUGUGUGAGGUGGGAAUCUGCCCUGGACCUGGCCAGUUUGGAAAUCUGCCCCUGGCUUUGUGUCCUGGAAUGCAGCUAUAGCUCCUCUGUUCUCACGGGCCCUGGAGAUUUCACUUCUCAUGGUGGAGUCUCCAAGCAUGGGUUUUAUUAGGGGCACCUGGCCGUGUGUCCCAGGAGGCACUGCCAGGAAUGUUUAUUGCACAAAUGAGAGGUUGGGUGGGAAGGUGGGCGCAGAGCCUCAUCCACUCUAGCAUCUGUGGGUGCUAUCUGCGGACCCCCAAGGGCAGGUGGUCCAUGAGUCCAUGCUUCUCCACAACUAGACCCCAGCCCAAUUCUUGUGGCUGGCUCUGCUGUGGUCAGCCUGGCAGCCAUUUCUCCUUCCUCACCCACAGAGCCCUGAUUUGGCGCCAGCAGCAGUGUGCCCAGCCUCGGGUGGGGGUUAAUUUAGGAUUUGGCUUAGAUUUUCUUGGUAAUGCCUUUUGCAGGGGUUGUUUUCAGUCUGGGCGAACUUCCCAGCUCUGGGCAGUAAGCUUUAAGGGAAGGUCUGGGGUGGGAGUUUCUGGUCACGGGAGAAGCUUUAUUGCCCUCUUCCAUCCCUUAAUGCUUCCUAUGAGGACAUAGGAUGCCAGGAGCUUUUGCAGCCAUCUUGUGGCCAUGAGGAGCAUUAAGAGAGGAACAGAGAUGCCACCUCCAAGAACCCAGAAAUCAUGAAGCCACCAGUCCCACCCUGGAAACUCUGAUCUCCAGAUUCCUUUUUAUGAGAAAUCACGAUGUCUAUGGUAUUUAAUAUACUUAAUAUCUUAAGAUACUAGUGGUCAACUAUUCUAAUAUUUGCAACCCAGACACUUAUAAAAUUAUAAUAUAAAGGUAAUGAGCUGAGGUUUCCCAAUCUUACCAUAAGUCAGGGUUUUUUUGUUUGUUUGUUUUGUUUUUGCAAAUAACAGAAACUGAUCUGUCCAACUUCAAUAGCAAAAACAUGCAUUGGAAGGCUGCUGGAAUGCUCAUAGAAGCGGCGGGAAGGUGGGAAAACCAGGCUCAGAAAAUAGGAAGAAUCAAGGUGGCUGGGCAGCGGGGGUGAUCAACUGAAGUCAGAUCAGGUGACUGAUUGGUGAGGGUGUUUGUGCCACCACCACAGAAUCCAGAUGUCUCAAAUGGCAAUGCGAUCUGUUCUUGGCACUCAGCCAUAGCCGCCCCUGGAAACUGGAUGCGCCUGCCCUGAUUGUGUUUCUUUGUAUCACUUGCUCCUGGGUGGAAACAUCCUAUUGGCCUACCCCAUGUCCUGUGCCAACCUAGCUGCCUGUGUCCCUGGAAAAGUGAGUACAUGAGUGUGCUAGUCAGCUGUUGCCUCCUUGUAACAACUCAAAUCUCAAUGGCAUACAAAAAUAAA